AUGCUGAUUAAUCAGCUGCGCCAUCUCAUUCUGCUCGGCGUACUCGCGCCGCGCUACGGCGGUUCGAGGUUUCCGAACGGCUCGCUCGUAAGAUCCGGGAGAGACGUUGGAAUCAAGUAUCUGGUGUUCCCCGAAGGCAGCAACGUACAACUCGUCUACUGUCUAACCAUGGCCACGCAUUCGAAGCCCCAAGGAAUGUUUACCAUUGGUGUUACCGCCGGGCUGGCGUGGGAACUACCCUACAGAAAUACCGUGCUGUACGGGAAGCCAGCCGAGGUUUAUCAUCGUCGGAGCAGAAGAGAGCUGUACCGUAAAGUGGAGCUGAUGCUAAGAACUCAGGGAAAGGACGGCAAGGCCUGCGUUCUCAAGGCGAUCUGCAAAGCUGCCGGGCGUAGGCGCGAGGACGUCGGGAAGGGAAGCUUCCUCGAGGAGACCCUACACGCCAUAUUCACGCUGCCUGACGGAUGGUACGACAUCGAUCCGAUGACCGACUACGAGCGAACGUAUCACUUGGGUGAGAAUUGCGACGAGGUGCACGCCAAGUGUCCAGGUGUCUUCUGA